AUGUCUAAUUAUAGAAAAAAAUUUCAGUAUUACCCAAGGCUGACUAAUGAUUUUCAUACAAAUAAAAGAAUUUGUGAUGAUAUUGCUAUUAUUUGCUCAAAGAAACUAAGAAAUAAAAUUGCAGGAUAUACAACACAUUUAAUGAAAAGAAUACAAAAGGGUCCAGUAUGCGGUAUUAGUUUUAAACUUCAAGAAGAGGAAAGAGAACGAAAAGAUCAAUAUGUUCCAGAAGUAUCAGCUCUUACAAAUAUCAAUGUCCUCGAGGUAGAUGCAGAUACUAAGAGCAUGUUAAAGUCAUUAGGGUAUGACUCUGUUUCUGUUACAGUGAAUACAGCACUUGCAGGCUCGGUUGAGCAACGAGCAUUUAGAAACCAAAGACGUCUUUAG